GUCGGUCGCAUCCAAAACACUGAAAAAGAAAAAUCUGAAAGAAGAUACGUACAAACAGCAGCAGCGAUCUAUAAAAGUGUUCGAACAGAAGUUGUAUACACUCCUAUAUGCAAUUAAUUAAAAGUGUGCAUACGUGGUCGGCCUGAAAAAAAAACGAAUGAAAAUUAUGAGGGCUAAUUGCGCCGUUUACAACAACUUUAAUUGCUUUCGGAGAUGUAACAAUGCGUGUGAAUCCAGUUGCAUAAUUCAUAUGCGAGUCUUGAAUUCUCUUUAGAAGCAAAGUGAAUUUAAUUUCAUCAUCGAUAAGGAAAUAAAUGUUAGCUUAACAAACUACAGCUGUACCAUCAUGGAACCAUGCGAAAAUGUGUUUAACAUGUCGCUUUCGUGCAUCAAUUCCACGCUCGAUACUUUAUUGUUGUCCACUAUCACCACGCAUACGAGAGAAUCAGACAAUUUAUCAAUGAAAUGGUGGAUCCAGAUGGCAUGGUGUUCCAUCUUUGUCUUCAUGAUCUUCACUGCGACGGGAGGAAACACUAUUGUCAUAUGGAUUGUUUUGGCACACAAACGGAUGCGGACCGUAACGAACUACUUUCUGGUCAACCUCAGCACUGCGGAUCUGAUGCUUUCCACAUUGAAUUGCUUCUUCAAUUUCAUAUAUAUGCUGCAAGGGAAUUGGAGAUUCGGAAGCUGGUAUUGCACAGCGAAUAAUUUCAUCGCUAACAUGACUGUCGCGGCCAGCGUUUUCACUUUGACAGCCAUCUCGUGCGACAGAUACUUGGCCAUAGUUCAUCCAUUGAAACCGAGGAUGUCCAAGGUCUUUUCCAUCUUCGUCAUCUUUCUGAUCUGGAUAUUCAGCAUGUUGCUGGCCAUUCCUUGUCUUCUUUACUCAACCACCGUCACUUACAGAGGGAAGCGCACCGCCUGCAUCUUGAUUUGGCCGGACGGUCAACCCACCAUUUCACAAAUGGAUUUUCUGUAUCAAGUGAUCUUUUUGGUGAUCACUUACUGCGUGCCGAUGGUCUUGAUGUCUUGUUGCUACACGUGCAUGGGUCGCGUCCUCUGGGGCUCCAAGUCCAUCGGUGAGAAGACCCAAAGACAAGCAGAUGCAAUUCAGUCGAAGAGAAAG